AUGGCUGAAUUACUGAAGGGAGUGAAGUUGGCGAAGAAAGACGGUAGUACUGCGAAUGCCGAGGAUGUGCUAAAGGAUAAAGUCGUAGGACUGUACUUCUCAGCUCAUUGGUGUCCACCAUGCCGUCAGUUUACUCCUGUGUUGAAGGACUUCCACGGUGACCUGGUAGAUAGUGGAGAAUUUGAAAUCGUAUUUGUGUCUUUCGAUAGGAGCGAAGCUGAUCUGAAAAAGUAUUUGGAAGAAGCUCAUGGAGACUGGUACCACCUUCCUUUCGGAUCUCCCAAAAUUCAAGAACUUGCUACGAAGUACUCUGUUAGUGGAAUUCCUGCUCUCAUCAUCAUAAAAUCAGAUGGCACAGAAGUAACCAAGAAUGGAAGGGGUGAUGUUCAGGGUAAAGCGCCUAAAGCUGCUCUUAAUGCAUGGAAAGCCGCUUAA